AUGGCGCCCAUUCUGAACCCCAGGUCCGGGCUCAGGGCGCGGGGGAGUCACAUGUCCGCCGGUGCAAUUGCUGGAACGGUUAUCGGCAGUGCUUUCGGAGGCAGCCUGUUACUCAUAGUCCUGGGCUUUCUCUACUUCCGGUACAGGCGGAAGUUAAGAGAGGCGAGAGAAGCGGGGACUUUUCCAGCUGGAAGCUCUACAGUCUCCCAAGUCAGGACCUUAUUCCCUUUCCAGGGUUUCCGGCCUAGACAAACCCCUGCCACACAACCGGAUCAUCCCCCUUCUAUGAAGGAUGAUUUUGAGAGAAUCAACCCAGGCUUCAGCGACGGCUCUGAGUUUCAACAGACACAACCUGCCGCUUAUGGAGAUAGAUUUGUUAGUAGUCAUGACUCUUAUCACCUACCUCAAAAUUUCGGUCAGCCGUCUCUACCCCCGGGCAUCGAUUUUCCUCUGCCCCCUCAGCCGACAGCUUUUCCAACUACCAACAACAUUGGGGCCAAUCUGCCUUCUAACAAUGCUGUCACGGGAUACGAAGCAGCCAAUUCUAGUUAUUAUGACACCAGGAUCUCGAUGGGCUCAAAUCCUGAGCAAGAGCCGAUACCACCGUCUAGACAGAUGACUGAGCUUUACGAGGCUCAGCUGAGAGAUUCUCGAGAACAUCGAAGAAGAAGUGGCUCUUUAACUAGUCGAAUCUGGAAUAGCAUUAAGAGGAAACGUUCUACACAUUCCUCGGCUCAUGGCACCGUAAGCCCCCAGUACUCGACAUCUCAACAGUACUUUCCUACUUCACCAGUUGUUAGUCCUGUCAGUAUGAAACCAGAAUCUGGUUUAGAAGCUGCGGAAGGAACUAGCAUUCAAGAAAAACCUCCCGUAAAUCAAAUUUUCGAAGAGCCUGCCGAAAUUUCUGGAGAAGCAGGUAUCUCGAUUGCUUCUCAAGACAGAAACUGCACAGAAAAGGAUCAGCAACACAAGAGACAGAGACAAGGAGAUUCCCAGUACGACGUGUACCCUCUUCGGACUAGCUCAACGGUACGAGAAACCACAGAGAGGGAUCCUGAGCUACCUUCAGCUGCUCUCAGAAGUCCGGACUCCACCGAUCGGUUACCUCACUCAACUCAGCCACAAUCCGAGACCCGGCCCCAAGAACGACUUAUGAGCCCGGCCAUCCCGGAGCCUAUGGAACUGGACGAGACACUUGAUGCUACUCAUAGACCCUCUAUCUUCCACAGCUCACACUCUCCUUCUCUUCAGCCAGAAUCCUUCGUGUCGCCGAUGUCCAUCAUGCAACCCUCUAACGCUGCCGAGAAAGCUGCUUAUACUCAUUACCAAAUGGAGAACUCGGCGUCUCCUCCGACCUUCCCUACCUCACCUCCUGCCAUCGUCACAGACCAGGCGGCGCAAGAAAACUCGGAAAACUUUUUUCAUGGUUCUCAAGAGGACAUCGAUGUAGAGAGCUUCCUGGAUAUCCCUAGUGAUGACGAACCUCGCCUAUCUGGUGAUUCGUACGACUACAGUACUACACCAGGGCAGAGCUCUACGGAUCCCUCCAUGGGAAGGACGCCGGAUACCCGGCUUACGGUAUCCCCAUCACCGUAUCCCAACACAAAUGAACAUGUCAAGAUGGAACCAGAGUCGAGCUUGUCGCCGGAGGUAUCCAAAAUUCCUUCUCCCCAAUCAUCCGGUCAUAUCUGCGAAGAGUGUGGUCGGUAUUUUGAUCAGGUCCAUAAACUUAACCACCAUAAACGUUAUCACGACCGUAAACACGAGUGCCCUUACGAAGGAUGUGAUAAGAAGUUCGGUACAAAGACACACCUUGAUCGACAUAUCAACGAUAAGCAUGUCAAGUCGAAAGCCUAUCACUGUACAGAACCAACAUGUGCAUACUUCAAAGGAAGAAAAGCUUUCCCGAGAAAAGACAAUUGGAGACGACACAUGAUAAAAAAACACGGGGCGAUGCCUAACGAUCUAGAGGCAAUGGAUGAGUCGAUGGUAUGA